AUGCUCACAAAUGCCUUUGGCAUACUGAAUAAGAUUGGCGAGCUCCAGCACGUCCUCAUGCACCAUAAUGUUGACCUAGCAAUUGUCACAGAGACCAAACUGACUCCGGAGAAAGCCACGCCAGUGGAAACAUCCAUACCUGGCUUCCACCCUGCUAUACGGCGCGACAGAACAGCACAUGGUGGUGGGGUUGCAAUUUGGGUGAAGGCUGGCCUACCAUAUAGACAGGUCAACAUCGACUGUGCCGACCAGGAAAUGCUCUGGAUUAGCAUAACUGGACCACAGGGCACAAAGGUUGGUGUAUGUGCUGUAUAUCGCCCAGGCUCCUGUGCAGACAAUGACAUACGGCUGUUCUCCCAUCUUGAUGCUGGGAUUGAUGCUGCACGUCGCUCCUGCUCUCGCGUCAUUGUAGCUGGUGAUUUUAAUGUACACAAUACAAAUUGGCUCGGCAGUAGGCGCACCACACUGGCGGGAGAAACAGCCGAAGAUUUAUGCUACCAACACAGCCUCACCCAACACAUCCACGAAGCUACUCGUGGGCGAAAUACCCUCGACCUCGUUAUGUCAGACGUACCUGGUAAUAUCAUCAGUACACUGUACCCACCCCUGGGACAGUCGGACCAUGCUGUAGUGAUCACAGACUUCGAGCUGACACCACACCGGGACAGACCAACUGCGCGUACAGUAUGGCGAUAUCAGCAUGCCGACUGGGAUCGUCUGAGAGCCUUCUACCGUGACACUGACUGGACUGACAUCAUCACUGAUGAGCCUGAUACAUCAUGCAAUCUUGUAACCCAGAGGAUCAUCAAAGGAAUGACCAGAUUCAUCCCAUCGAAAGUUCUCAAGACGAAGCCCACUGAUCCCGUCUGGUGGACCCCCGAGUGCUCUGCUGCUGUCGCUGCCAAACGCCAUGCAUGGCGAUCACUUCGUCGCAGCCAGGCCAACCCGGCACUACAGGAGCAAUAUCGCCUUGCCUGCGUGACCUCAUCGACUUGCCUUUCUAGAGCCAAAGAACAUCACCUCCAGAGAAUACGCAAUAAACUGCUCUCGGGAAACAUCCAGAACAAGGAGUGGUGGACCGUGGUUAAGCGUGCAGGUGGAAGUGGUCGUGACAGCACUAUGCCUGUUCUUAUUGACUCUGAUGGACAGGAGUACACACAGAAUCGCGACAAAGCCGAGGUUAUUGAAAGCUACUUUGCUGAAAAAUGCAGUCUAGACUAG